AUGCUGCAGCGGAGGCCAGACCUGGGGCUCACGGGCGCACGGGGCCGCCGGAGUAAGGCUGCGGAGAUGGACAGCCCCGAGGCGCAGGAAGGGGAUGCCCAUGGCGUGUACCAGCUGGCCACACUUCUGGUGGAGCUGGACAGUGAAGAUGAGGCUUCAAGCCUCCUGGGGGCUGAUGCCCUGUACCGCCUGGGCCGUCUGGAGGAUGCCCACAAGGCCCUGCUGCUGGCCCUCUCCCGGAGGCCCCAGGCGGCCCCUGUACUCGCGCGACUGGCCCUGCUGCAGCUGCGGAGGGGCUUCUUCUACGAUGCAAACCAGCUGGUGAAGAAGGUGGUCCAGGCCGGGGACACGGCAUGCCUCCAGCCCACCCUGGACGUCGUCCGCCACGAGGACCGGCAGCUGCUGCGGGGCCACUGCCACGCUCGGGCCCUGGCCAUCCUGCGGGCGCGGCCCAGCGGGGCCGAGGGCACAGCCCGCACCAGGGAGGCCAUCGCCUACCUCUCUCUGGCCAUCUUCGCUGCAGGGAGUCAGGCAGUUGAGUCCCUGCUCAUCCGAGCCCGCUGUUACGGGCUCCUGGGCCAGAAGAAGACGGCCAUGUUUGACUUCAACUCAGUGCUGCGGGCUGAGCCGAAGAACGUGCAGGCGCUGUGCGGUCGGGCACUUCUGCACUUGGCCCUGGGCCAGCAGAAGGAGGCUGUGGAUGACAUCCUCUUGGCUCUGAAGCUCGACCCCAGGACAGUGGUCCCUGAGAUUUGCUCUCUGAAGCCAGAGGCUCAGGCCCUCAUCACCCAGGGCCUCUGGUCCCGCUGCCGGGCCCUCCUGAGCCAGCCGCGGGACACUGGGGCCCCCCUCAGCGAUGAGGACGCCCGGGGCCUCCUAGCUGUGGGGGAAGCGCUGAUCAAAAUCGAUGCGAGGCAGCCAAGCGGACACAUCCUGCUGGCAGACGCACUCACUGCAAUGGGCAGCUAUGAGGAAGCUGGUGCCUGCGUGCAAAGAGCCCUGCAGCCCACCCCAUGGUCAGAGGCAGCCCGCGCCCGGCGAGGCCUGCUCCGGCUCAAGAAGGGAGACGUACCUGCUGCUGUGCGGGACCUGCAGUGCCUGGCCGAGACGGAGGCCCAGGAACUCGGCUUCCUGCUGCAGCGCCUGGAGACCUCAGAGCGGCAGAGCCUCAGCCAGGCUGCGGCCAAGGAAGCCAACACCCUCCUGAACUCAGGGCAGCCCAGGCAAGCGCUGGGCUACUGCUCACUGGCGGUCCUCGCUGGGAGCAGCAAUGCCCGUCACCUGCGCCUGAGAGCCACCUGUCUGGCCGAGCUGCAGGAGUUUGACCGGGCACUGGAGGACCUGGACCAUGUCCUCCGGGUGGAUGGGGGAGACCACGACCUCCUGACGCGGGUGGAGGACCUGUGCUCCCAGGGCCGCCUGCUGCUGAGCCUGGGCAAUGGGGCCAGGGCCACAGGGGCCUUUGCCCAGGCCCUCAAGCUGGCACCCACCCUAGCCCAGAGCAGCCUGUGGGAGCGGCCGGGCCGGGGCCCCACUGCUCAGGCGUUCUUGUGCCAUGGCCAGACCUGCCUGGGGGAGCAGCGCUAUGCAGAGGCCUGGAUGGCAGUGGAGAGUGGCCUGCUGGCAGACCCUGAGCACAGCGGCCUGAAGAGGCUGAAGGCGAAACUCCAGAAGGAGGCAUCCUUGGGCUGCAGGCUUCACUGA